UUUUUUUUUUUUUUUUUUUUUUUCAUUUGCUGCGAAAAUGACAUUUGAAGAGGAUCCAUAUGGAGCAAUCAAUUUUGGUGAAUUUCGAAAAUACAUGCAAAACAAGCAAUCUAAAUUGAAACAGCAGCAGAAAGAAAUGUGAGUAUUUAUACAUUGAAUUGAUCUUAUUUUAACAUUUUUUUUUUUUUUUGUUAGAGGAGAUCAAGCAAGUCAGGAACAUCCACACAUAUUUUCAGGUACUUCUAUUUAUAUAAACGGUUACACUUACCCUCCAGUAAGCGAGCUACGUACAAUGAUUCUCCAACAUGGUGGUGAUUAUCAGCAUUAUUUAAAAAAAUCGAGUGUUACACAUAUUAUCGCAACUAAUUUAACAAAUGCAAAAUUGAUUGAAUUCAAAUCCUACAAGAUUGUCAAACCAGAAUGGAUUGUCGAGUCUAUUAAAUCUCAAAAAUUGCUACCAUGGCAAAGAUAUCGUCUUAGUUUAACGUCGACUAAUACAGCCCAAAGAGAACUUCCAUUUGUAACGACAACAGAGGAUAUAACAGUAAAUACGGGAGAAGCUUUAAAUCAAGCAAUGUUGGCCAACUCAAGGUCUCGUCAGUCAAGUACAGCGAAUCCAGAUUUUAUCAAACACUAUUAUCAGAAUUCACGUCUACACUAUCUUUCAACCUGGAAAGAUGAAUUAAAGAAAAUUGUAGAUGAGUUAAGAAAAAAGGAACCACGAAAGAAAAUAAGAAACAAAGACUAUGAUCGUGUUGUCAUGCAUGUUGAUUUUGAUUGCUUUUUUGCUUCCGUUGGUAUAAAAGAUAGGCCUCACUUAAAGAACUGUCCAGUUGCAGUGUCUCAUAGUAAGGAAGCGAAUGAAAAUUCUUUCAGUGACAUAGCAUCUUGUAACUAUGUUGCUCGCUCCUUUGGUAUUCGAAAUGGAAUGACAAUUGGUGCGGCUAAAAAGCUCUGUCCUGAUCUUAAAGUGAUACCAUAUGAAUUUGAAAAAUACAAAACUAUAUCAAAGACAUUCUAUAAUAUUAUAUUUCAAUAUGCAGAUGAAAUGCAAGCAGUCAGUGUAGAUGAAGUAUUAUUAGAGGUGGGAUCUCACAUCAUAAGCCCUGGACAAAAAGAAGCAUUAGCUAUAAAGAUUCGAAAAGAAAUAAAUGAGGCAAUAGGAUGCGAAGUAAGUAUUGGUGUAGGACCUAACAUUUUAUUAGCAAGAUUGGCUACAAAACGAGCUAAACCGGCCGGGUAUUUUAUUUGUAAAACUACUCAAGAUAUGGAAGAAUUGUUAUCGAAUCAGUAUGUCACUGAUUUACCUGGGGUUGGAUAUUCUAUAAGGGAAAAGCUUAAAGACAUGAACGUUACAUUCAUCAAUGAUGUGAAAAAGAUUCCAUUGCAUGAAUUACAAUCUAAAUUAGGAAAUAAGAUAGGACAAACCUUGUAUCAUUUUUCACGUGGGAUCGAUGAUCGUCCCUUAAUUACUAACCAGCAAAGACAGUCAAUCAGUGCAGAAGUAAAUUGGGGUAUACGCUUUGAAGAUGACGAAAAUGAAAAGCAUUUUAUAAAAGAAUUGUCAAAGGAAGUAUCAGAAAGACUUCAAAAACAUCAAGCUAAAGGCAGAACAAUUACAAUCAAGGUUUUGAAAAGGAAACAAGAAGCGUCUGAAGCAAAAAAGUAUUUAGGACAUGGCUCAGUUGACUCUUUUUCAAAAUCAAAAACCUUAACUGAAUUUAUUAGUGAUUCAGAUAUUAUUUUUAAACAUGCUUACGCCAUGUUGAAAUCAUUUAGGUUUUCUUAUGCAGAUAUUAGAGGCUUUGGAAUUCACAUUUCUAAAUUAGAUAAUCGACAGGAAGCUGCAAGAUUAGCUGGUCAAGGUGGGCUUAAUUUUGAUUCUACAAAAGAGUCUAACAAAAGACAAACACUUACAAACGAUCUUCAUAAAGAAGAUUUGGAUGUUGAAUUUAAUAUUGACAAUGAGUUAACAAGUACUUUACAACAAGAAUUGACGUCAAACGAUAACUUGAAUAAACAAACUACAAGCGAUGACAUGAUGGUACCUCCAGAACUUCCUCCUUGGUCACAAAUUGACCCUUCUUCUUUAUUAGCUUUACCCGAUGAUAUACGGGAACAAAUUCUUCGUGCUUAUGGAGAUAAACAAGAGGAGUGCAUAAAUCAAAGGCCAACAUCUGUUGUUAUAAAGACUGAACUACGACAACAUCAUAAAAGAAGGAAAAUAUUACAGAACGAGACAAAAUCCAAUAAUACAACUCUUACUCAACUAUUUUUAACAACACAUAAUAACGACAGUUCAUUACCAUACGAUAUGAACAUAUGGAACGCGUUACCUGAUGAUAUACAAACCGAACUUUUAAAGGAACAUACUAGUAAAAGAAAAAGACAGCCCACCAUUUCUAAUAAAAACAACAGCAAUUAUUGUCAUACUACUACUACUGCUACUGCUACUACUACUACUGGACUCUUAUCAUCAGUAACAAAGGAGCCUGAAUUACAAGGUAUUCAUGAUUUAAAAGAGCUUGAAAUGUUGCUAAAGAAUUGGGUCUUGCAAACGAAUGGAUUACCUCCUGAACCUGAAGAUGUCUCUACUCUGUGUUGUUACUUGUUGGAACUAGUAGAUUACGGAGACCUUGAAAAGACGCGUUUAUUGAUAGUUUAUUUAAGGUAUUUACUUGUAAAUGCUAAAGAAGAAUGGCAAACAUAUUUAAAUGAUAUAGAAGAAAGCAUUAACAAGGCGGUUAUAUCCAUUUAUGGUUGUCCUUUAAAAUUAUAAAAAAUAAAAUACCCUAUUUAUGAAUAACAA